AUGGUGCUAGGAUGCAGAAAUUUGGAGAGGAGGAUUGUGAAGGCUGAGAUGGACUUGACGUUGGCUAAGAGUCAAGGGUGCCUCAAGAACAAAUUGCAGCAAGUUGCCACCGUCCCUGCUUACUUCAUUAACUCGCAGUGUCGAGCCACAGAGGAUAUUGGUUUCAAUUUCAGCCUCAAUGUGAUGCGUAUUAUCAAUGACUCAACUACUGCGGCUAUAGCUUACGGGCUUGAAAAGGAGGCAAGCAGUUUGGGUGAAACAAAUGUGCGCAUCUUCGACUCAUGUGAUGGGACAUUUGACAUCUCUCUUCUCACCAUUGAAGAGGGUGUCUCUCAAGUGAAAGCCACAGCUGAUGAUACCCACUUGGGAGGUGAAGACUUUGAUAGCAGGAGCGUGAACCAUUUUGUUCAGGAAUUCAAGAGGAAGCACAAGAAGGAUGUUUUCUUUAAGGUGAAUACAGUUCAAGGCACACUUGUGGAGACUUGGCGUCUGAUUCGAGAUACAUUGAUAGACCCAUCAUUUAAUCAUCAAUAUUGGUAUUCAAGGUUGCAACUGGAAAUGUUUCUUUUGAGAUCAUCCCAUGUGGCGUAUACAGAAAUAAAUGAAAUGCUCUCUACUCUUGGAGAUCCAUUUACUCGGAUUAUCAGCCUAGAGGAAUAUCAAAGUCUUAGAAGUGGAAGUGAUGUGAAUUUGCAAGGAGUUGGCCUUCUCAUAAAUGCUAAGCCAAGAACUGGCCCCUGGUUUGUUUUGGCUUGUAUAGAGGGUAGCCCACCUGCUCGUGCUGGCAUUCAUGAAGGAGAUGAGUUGAUUGAGAUUAAUGGGGAGAGGCUUGAUGGCCGUGACAGUGAAAUUGCAGCAUAG